AUGGACACUCUGUUGGAGCUUGCAGACGACUAUUUUCUCGAUAGCAUUUAUGCUAAGGCAUUCCCAGAGCAGUUGGCUUCAAACUCGACGCUGCAAUUCCCGCCAACAUCUCCAUGGGCUCGCGACAGCGAUCUGCGCAUUUGCCUCUCAUUGGCAGUACUGGUCACCAUUGGCGGCUGGCUCUUUUACAUGGGCUUCUCCACACUCUCUUAUUAUCUCAUAUUUGAUCACGAGACAAUGAAGCAUCCAAAGUUCUUAAAGAACCAAGUACGACAAGAGAUAGAAUGUGCAUCUAAAGCUAUCCCAGGAUUUGCAUUGUGCACGGUGCCCUGGUUCUGGGGUGAGAUCAAGGGCUACUCCCUGCUGUAUGAAGGAUUGCCGACAACGCCCGCUGGCUGGGCAUGGCUUGUUUCAACACCUCUCCUUUUCCUUUUGUUCACUGACUUUGGCAUCUACUGGAUUCAUCGAUGGGAACAUCAUCCUCGCGUUUACAAGUAUCUUCAUAAGCCUCAUCACAAGUGGGUUGUUCCUACACCUUACGCAUCGUACGCUUUCCACUUCCUUGACGGCUAUGCUCAGUCAAUUCCUUAUCAUCUCUUUGUCUACGUGAUCCCCACCCAAAAAUGGAUCUAUAUUUUCAUGUUUUUCUUUGUCAACUGCUGGACAAUCAUGAUCCACGAUGGCAAUUUUGUUUCACGAUCCACCAUCAUCAACACCACAGCUCAUCACGCCGUCCACCACUUGUACUUCAACUACAACUACGGCCAAUAUUUUACUUUUUGGGAUCGUAUGGGCAGUUCGCACCGUGAGCCUACUGAAGAACAAUACAAUGCUGAGCUUCGCUCGAACAAAAAAGUGUGGGCAGCCCAAGCCAAGGAGGCCGAGACCAUCGAAGCUGAAGUCUUGAAUGCGAAAAAGCAAAAGACCAACUAA